GGUUGUUUGUUUUUGUUUUACACGGCUCUGAUAUUGCUCGCCUCGUCAUUGUGUUGCCGCUACUACGCGGCUCUUAAUCGCUGAUUUCGAUGUGUUUGCUGUCGCCUGCCACCUUAUUCCACCUCCAGUAAACCCAUGUCCUCGUGCGCCUCGCCUCCUCCGCGCACCCCUGCUCACGCUCCGCGGUGCCCGCGGUCACAAUGUCCACUCCGCCCGUAGACCCGCUCUCGGCUGUGGAAAGCGGGCCCCAGUCGCACUAUUUCCAGCUGCCCAGAAAGUUGCCUAAACGCAAGAGCCGCUUCAAACGCUCGGAUGGCAGCACGUCCUCAGACACAACAUCCAGUUUCAUUAAACGGCAGGGGUCGGCUGAUUCCUAUACCAGUAGACCAUCGGAUUCCGACCUGUCAGCAGAGGAGGACCGCGAGGCGUAUCGGCGUGAAGCCGAGCGCCAGGCACAACUUCAGCUCGACAGAGCUAAGUCCAAACCUGUAGCGUUUGCAGUAAAGACAAAUGUGAGUUACUGUGGAGCUCUGGAUGAGGACUGCCCUGUACAAGGAGCUGCAGUCAACUUUGAUGCCAAAGACUUCCUGCACAUCAAAGAAAAGUACAGUAAUGACUGGUGGAUCGGCCGGCUAGUCAAGGAGGGAGCUGACAUUGCCUUCAUCCCUAGCCCGCUGAGACUGGAGGCAAUGAGACUCAAACAAGAGCAGAAACAGAGAAAAACAGGGGGCAACUCCUCCAGUUUAGGAGACAUGGUGACUGGGAGCUGGCGGACCACACCACCAUCUGCAGGUGAAUCUAAACAGAAGCAAAAACAGGAACAUGUCCCUCCAUAUGAUGUGGUGCCCUCCAUGAGGCCGGUGGUCCUCGUGGGACCAUCACUCAAGGGUUAUGAGGUUACAGAUAUGAUGCAGAAAGCCCUUUUUGACUUCCUGAAACACAGAUUUGAAGGAAGAAUCUCAAUCACACGUGUCACUGCCGACCUGUCUUUAGCCAAGAGAUCUGUCCUCAAUAAAAGACCCAUAAUGGAGAGGUCCAACACUCGCUCCAGUUUGGCGGAGGUUCAAAGCGAAAUCGAGAGGAUAUUUGAACUGGCCAAAACGCUGCAGCUGGUGGUUCUGGAUGCGGACACCAUCAACCAUCCGGCGCAGCUCGCCAAAACCUCCCUCGCGCCCAUCGUUGUCUACGUUAAAGUCUCCUCACCAAAGGUGCUCCAGAGGCUGAUCAAGUCCAGGGGGAAGUCUCAGAGCAAGCACCUGAAUGUGCAGAUGAUGGCUGCAGACAAACUCACUCAGUGCCCCCCUGAUUUGUUUGAUGUCAUUUUGGAUGAAAACCAGCUGGAGGAUGCUUGUGAGCAUUUGGCUGAAUACCUGGAGAUAUACUGGCGGGCCACUCAUCUCCCAGGCACCACCCCUCUUAAUCCUCUUUUAGAGCAGAGUCUGAUGACCCCGCCGUCCGCCAACUCCAGUCUCCAGAACAAGAACCAGCCGCAGGCUAGUGAGGCGGUGGGUUUGGAGGCCGAGGCGCAGGAAGGGGAGGAGGAAGACGAGGCAGGCGAGGAGGCCCUCUCCCCCUUGGAGCAGGACAGUCUCAUGCCAUCAGACGAGGCUAGCGACUCCCUGUCUCACGGCCAGAGGGGGAGCCCGUGCCAGAGGGUGGGAGAAGACGACGAGGAAGAGGAGGAGGAUGGGUACGCCUCUCCGUGCCCCGGCCGCGCAUACAGGGGUAUGUACCCCGCGCACCGGGGCCACGCCGUCGGCCACAACGCCAACAGUCACGAGUCGCAGGACAGGCUGCUUCAAAGUGAAGCCCAGCAGGGUCACAACCACAGAAUCAACCGCCAGCGCAGUCGCCCUUGGCCUCGAGACACCUACUGAGGAAUCCACAAGUCCAGGUCUAUUUUUACAGCAUCACUUUAUCGCCACCGAGGGGACAUUUUGACAUCUCCGGGCCGAUUGUCAGAUUGUCAACAGGGCUACUCUGCAAUGGAAUGUCUCUUCAGGCAAACUUGUGCUGCUUUGCCAGUGUUUCUCUAUUGUAGGAUGUCUCCAUAUCCAGUAUACUGGCCUUAAAGCAAAACAUGUUUAGUUAUCUUUACUGUUGCAUGUGUGACUAGAGUAUCAUUAUUUGGAGACUAUUUGCACAUUGAUGCCAGAACAGGGGCCGAAUGAUCUCUAUGGCUAAACUAAUGUAGGAAUGUUUACUGUCGAAUUCACAGAUGGAAGAUACUCAUGCAUUUUCGGAUCAUGUAAAUACUGAAUGGGCACGGAGUUUAGUUACAUUGCUUCUUGAUUUGGUCGCUUGUUUCAGAUACACGCUGCCGCCCACGUUUUGUCGUAAACUUACGAAGAUAACGAAUGGCACAUUGCAAGAGUGAAGCUGCAGUACAUGACACUGUCACCACCAGUGCAUCUCUCUCUCUCUCUCUCUCUUUCUCUCUGCUAUUGCACAAUCACUUGCGAACACCUUGAAAAAGCAGACGGGCACAGAGAAUGUAAACACGUGUAAAAAAAACAAAAGGGAAUGUUGGUGCCCAAAUUGCUUGUUUACGUCGACCCGUUGUCCGCACAUGAAGCACGCGGUGGCCUCCGAGAAUGUUCGUUUGCAUGCCUCGCGGUGUCUCUGCACCACCCUGUCAUCCGAUUGUAGCACAUUCUUUGAUUGUAGCAUCCCCAGGUUCCACACUAGCCUCUCCUUAAUCAUUGCGCCCCGUUGUGUACUGCAGUUUUCCCACGGCCGACCCUCAGGUGUCCCUCAGCUCCAUGUGACAAGCGUGUGGCGAAGGACUCGCAGCUGUAGCACCUGCCCGCGACAUGACAUAACGUCAUCGCGUUCUUACGCAGUCAGCCUGCGAGCGUCUCGCAGGGUUCAUACCAGCUGACUUAAGGAAUUACUUGUUUACUGCUUCUAUGUCGCAUAUGUAUCUAGUGUUGUAUGUAUAUUUUGAAGAGGAAAAAAACAGCAUGAUUGAGAAAAAAGACAAAAAAAAAAAACUAUGCAAGUGCUGCAUGAAUUCUGAUUCUUUUGACCGUUAAGUAUUUUAGUAAUGCAUCUUUUCUGGUUUUGCCCGUUGUAUUGCAGUGAUAGUCUUCUUUGUGGCGGUUUCCUUCUCCACUUACUACAAAAAGCACUCUAACUCACACCCACAAGUUCAAGUUGAGAUGGGCACUCGCUUACUUGACGCCCUUAGAAAUUCCUUCACUGAAAAUGGUCUCCAGAUCAGAUUGAUGUCCUGCAUGUCUUAGCUCUUCAAUUAGCUAUUUUCAUUCUAUUUUGCCAGAGUGGACCAAUGAUUAAACAACUGAUGAAGCGGUUGAGGGUUAUUUCCAAUUUAUGAAGCACAAUUUUUACAAGGUUGUCAUUUAGUUUCCUAUGUCUUAUUCUGUAUGCAAUACUAAGCCUAAAAUUGAAAAAUGAAACGCCUUACACCAUCUGGACUUCGUCUUCAGUGUGAGUACAAAAAAAAAAAAAGAAAAAAAUUGCACUACUCCUUUUUGAGGAUGGUUGCUUUGUAAUGCAAUAACUGCACUAAAUCUAACAGUGUAUCCACCACACUACCACAGCGUGCUAGCGUAACACAACACGCCUCUUCCCGCUCCCGUUCACAAGGUGUACAAAGUGAAACAUUUCCUGCCUGAUGCUGUAAAGAAUGCUUUCUUUUUGAAAAAUAGAUUUACAAUGCUAAGAAAAUUAUGACUUCAACAAA